AAUCACAUUGGUCACCAUUGUUUAUUGUGGUAACUACUGAAGACAGCUUGUAUAAUUGUGUAGACGGAAAAUUAAAUGAGGAGGCUUUCAAUAACAUUGAAGAAUUUCUAAAUGAUUUAUGGUACAAACAUCGCAUAAUGCAUGUAUUCUUAAAUCUGCCGUAUGUCUGUCCGAACGAAUAUGUUAUUUAUGAUGGGAUCAAAUCAAACGAAGGAGAAUUAUAUAACAGGACCAUUAAAAUUAUUCGAGAAGAACAAUUACCAAAAAUAAAGUCAAAAAAAGCAUCUAGGAUGCUUACGCGAAACUAUCCCCUUAGAGGCAAUAUCUUUUACCGGUUCCCCACGGCUAUUCAGGAAUGUGAAGGUACCGACAUCUACAUAAAAACCAGUCAGAAAACCAGUGGCGGUUUUUGUGGAUUGGACGGCCUCGUAAUGUCAGAUAUAGUGACACACUUUGCAUUUAAUUUAUCGUUGCCAUCCUUGGGCGCGGAUUCUCUCAAAUAUGGGUAUCAGCGGCAGGAUGGGACUAUAACAGGAAGCUUAGGACAUAUAGUGAGAAAAGAUGUGGACUUGUCCUUUAACUCGAGGUUCAUGACGAAAUAUAUCACGGGGCAACAGAAAUACAUAUUCCUAUAUCCUGUUGCAAGUGACGCUCUUUGCGUUGUUUUGAAACAACCUGAAGAAGAACCUCUAUGGCGGUAUCCCAUCAACGCUUUUAGUACUCCGCAGUGGCUAUUCAUUCUCGCCUGCCUUACUAGCAUUGGAGUCAUAAUGUGGGCAUUUGCAAAGAUCAACAAUAAAAUUAAUAAUACUAGAGCUGCUUCGCUCCUCUCUUACGUAUUGAACUCUAUAAAUGCUGGUCUGUUUGGCUUUUUUUUUAAACGAAGAACUAAUUUACUUCUGUUUAGAGCUAGCUGCUUGUAUGCUUCAAUUAUGCUGCUCGCGGAAUAUCAGGCAAGUUUUUUUCGUUUUUAACUUGUUGCUUAAAAUCAUUAUCUUUUUAUUAGAAUCUGAAGCUUAAAAAGU